UUUCCUGAGUCCUGUUCAAGUCUUCUUGGAAACUAAUGUCAUAUGAGAACACAUCACUUCUAAAGGUGCUGAUUUUUCAAUCAAUAGUUAUCCGGAAAAACUUCUCAUCUUUACUUGCAUUUUCCCAUUGCUCUAAAACGAUGGAAAAACCGGCUAAGUAUCGUAAGGAUAUGCAACCAACUAAGCCUUCUAAGUGUGAAUGGUGCGGUUGCCUACGGUUUGAUGGAGAGUCAUCUUAUAUCACCAAAGAAGAGGAGAAGAACGGUCGCUCUCGUCACUGUUCGGAAAGGACUUCCUUAGAGCAAAAGCACCGGGAAAAGCCAAAGAAAAAGAAAUUGUUAUGCACGUGUGGGGAUGUUGACUGUCCGUUUAAUGUUGGCCAAGAAAUUCUUCAGGGUCUGGAUUCACCAUUAUUCGACGAACAUCGCUUCUAUGCUCGACUAGAAAAACUGAGCCGUAUCAAGCAACUGAAGCGUAAAGAUAAGGAUGAAAAACUCUUUAGAAAUUCAGAUCGUUGCCAAUAUGUUUCGGCUUCCAAUUCUCAGCCAGAAUGUGUAGAAGCUACCAGAACGUAUUGUGUGAUUUGCAAGGCCUGGAUACGUGAGCCAUCAUCGUCUUCUUCGAGUCGCAUUAGAGCACCUCCUGUCCCAACUUUGAUUAAUUAUUAUAAGGAAAUCCACCAUAGGCUGUGUCAAGAAACUAAAGCUGCUGGGAAAUCGAGUUCUUCUAAGAGCUCCAAAUCGAAAGCGGUUACUGCAAGGAAUGCCGAUGAACUUAGGAAAUCUGUUCAAGCUGAGAUUGAAAAGCAAGAGGAUAGGGGAAAAUUCCAGCUUGAUUCUGAUAGUAUAAAGGGGGACUCAGAGGCAGAAACUAGAACUUUGAUUUUAUCAAGAAAUCAGAAUAAGGAUCAGCAAUCAGAAAAAUAUGUCGAAAAUUCCGCAAAAUCACAAUUGCAAAAAGCUAGUUCUAAUGACUUGUUCCAUGUCACUGUUGAUGAGUUAGUUAGAGUCAAGAUAAUUAAUCCGAUGACCAGAUACAUGCAGCGAGUCUAUCUGAAUGCUAAGCUAUAUGAUAUGGAGGUUAUGGAUGAGCUCUAUGAAAUGUCCGAAAAGAUCAGAAAAAUCUAUAAGCAAGAAGAUCAAUAAAGGGAUCGCCUUUGUAGUGGGCCGGCCUUUUGCUUUCAUGAUUUCUAUAUUUUGUAUAAUUUAACUUCUAUAUCUUUUGUAUAAUAAAAAAUCAGGGUAACGGGGAGAUUUAAGAUUUCAUGUCCUUCACAUUUAGUCAUGGGAAGUGGUUUUAAAGACCUUAACGCUUUUUUAAGCUUUGUAGUAUUUUUUAAAAUCUGGCGCCAAAGUGUCAGUUAAGCUUGCUCUCUCUUAGUUUACCUUUAUAGCCGGCUUUUCCUUUGCAGCGAGCGCGAAGCUUGGCCGGAAAAGCAAUGGGAAAAGCUCAAAGCUUAUGAAUACCCAACAGACGAAUUUGCAGUGAAGCGAAUUCGCCGAAAAUGAAUCGGAAAAUGAACUUUUCUCGGGGAGGCUCGGGUUGCUGGUGGAAAACUGUUCGCGCCUGUGUGCGUACUCCGUGUCUGUGUUGUUUUCCUUUUUUCCUUAGCGUCUGUGUGUGUGUUCUCUGUUUUUAUUGCAUUGCCCUAGCAUCUCCGCUUGGCACUCGGAGGACGACGAAACGCCAACAAGUAGCAGUUCAGCUUUCGACGCGUUCGCUUGCCAGCGGACACAGACCGAAAUUUAGCGGUUCACCAGCGAAACGGUUGAGUUUCGAAAACGCCGAUUAACGGUUAACGGUUCGGGUGAUUUUCAAAUUUUUUAUUUUUCUUUAAAAGUGUUUUCGUAUGUGGAAAGCGUUGAAAAAUUCAUAUACAUUGGCAAAUCAUUGCUAAACUUAUCUUUUAUUUGAAGUUCUGAAAACGAAACUGUUAAAGGUGAGCUAGGAAUAUUCAAAGUUUUCAUUUUUAAAACCACAGAAAUCUUAAAAGUUGUG